CUUCCGUCCCCGCGCGGUCACGCCCUCCCCCUUCUUUUCUCCUCUCCCACGAGAUUCCGUUUCGUUUGAAUUCCGUUUGCGAAUUUACGAAACUGCCCCCAGCGGGACCCACGCCCCCCACGCUCCCUCUCUGUCUCCGGCUCAACCGCUUCCCUUCUCCCCCCCCCCCCCUCUUUUUAUUUCGCUGCCCGCCUGCCCCCCCCCCACCCGCACCCCACCAAUCGCCGUCGUGCGAUUCCGUCCCUGGCGUGGCGGUGGGCGCAUCCGGGCCGUCGAGCUGUCGAUCCGCGCGGCGAUGCAGGCGCCACGUGGCGGAGGUGGCUUCCUCGGGAAGCGGAAGGAGCGCGAGUACUACCCGCCAUACCCCUCGGCCUCGUCGUCGGAGCAGGCGGUGCUGCUCCAGCGGCCGCCGCAGCCGUUCGCUAGGCCCUUCCCGCGCGCCGGCACCGGCAGGCCGGAUCGCGCCGCGGCGGUGAGGCUUGGCGCCAAGCCGCCGCUCCCUCACCCGGGUGCUGCGGGGCCCCAGGUCGGCGGCGGCGGCGGCGCCGGCGGCAACAAGCUGCUGGCCGGGUACCUGGCGCACGAGUUCCUGCGGCGCGGCACGCUCCUCGGCGAGCGGAGGCUGGAGCCGUCGGGGCGGAAGGAGAAGGAGCCCGUCCUCGCCGUCCCCGCGCCCGAGCCGAGCAGGCGCUACGCGGAGGUUUCGCGGCUGCUCAUGGCUGGCGGGGCCCGCAUCCCCGGCGUCGUCAACCCCUCGCAGCUCGGCCGCUGGCUCCGGAUUAAGGAGUGACCGGCCGGCCAUGCCGGGAGGCCGCAGAGGGAACGCGCGGCGGGGCGGCAUUGCCUGCUGGCUCGCCUCGGCGGCCGACCAACCCGAAGAACAGCGGAUGCUUCUGGACACAGCAAGCGGGUUUGUCCUGUCAUUUUCCCUUCGAAUUUUUCGUGUGGUAAUUAGCGAAUCAUUUCCCCUUGUCAAAAUCCUAGUGUAGUUGUCGGAUGAGAAACCGGAGGCACUGCUGCUACUAGCUUUCGCCGCUUCCAUUACUCUGAAAUCCUCUGCAUCGGCGAAAAAAAAAUCUGUGAUGAUAUGCGUAGAUGAAUCAUCCGUCGGUGUAAAUACAAUGAUAUGCUUUGGAAGUAGCUUGUGAAGCACUCUACAUGUUUCUAUUACGGCCAGUAUAUAAUUUGGUUGGUGCCA